UAUCUCUCAAGCAAGCUGAAAUGGCGGCGACUAUUAAAGAUCCAGAGGAAGACUCCUCUAGGCCCAAAGGGAAGCAUAUCAAAGCUGUAUUGGUGAAUAAGCUGGAAGGAUGCAGUGGUGUAGUAAAUAUGGCCGUUACUAUUCCACACGAAGAUGCAGUAAUCAGUGUUUCUGACGAUAAGAGUAUAAGGCUUUGGAUCAAACGAGAGAGUGGGCAAUAUUGGCCAAGCGUUUGCCAUGUAAUGGAGUCCGAAUGUUCCGCCUUAGAUUAUCAUGGAACAAGUAGGAGAUUGUUCGUAGGACUGGACGAUGGAGCAAUUUCUGAGUUUGAAGUGUCUGAGGAUUUUAACAGACUUCAUGCUAGUAGGAAGUAUUUAGCACACAUGAACAGAUUGACAGGAAUUGUGUUUUCACUGGAGAAUGAAUGGCUGCUCAGUGUAGGAAGAGAUAAAUAUUUACAGUGGCAUGACUGCACAACGGGCAAAAGAUUAGGAGGAUUUCAAACUGAAGCUUGGUGCACAUCAUUGCAAUUUGAUGCUGAAUCCAAGCAUGUCUUUGUGGGAGACUAUGGUGGCCACAUUAGCGUUAUAAAACUGGAGUCAAGUUCACUAUCACUAGUGACAACACUCAAUGGCCACUCAGGCAAGUUACGUCCAUGGCACUCAUGGUUUGGCACAGGAAGUGUAAGAUCACUAGCUUGGGAUGCUGAGUCAAAACUGUUGUUCUCUGGUAGUUUUGAUGAAUCUAUUAUUGUUUGGGACAUUGGUGGACAAAAAGGAACUGCUUUGGAACUUCAUGGACAUAUAACCAAAGUUCAAUCCCUUUGUUAUGCUCCACAUGCAAAGAAGUUGAUAUCCUGUAGUGAAGAUGGUGUUGUUAGGAUUUGGGAUAUGAAUGUAAAACGAAAAGAGACUCCAGAAUGGUCACAAAGCGAUGUCUGUGAGAGAUGCGGAGGUCCUUUCUUUUGGAACUUUAAAGGAAUGUGGAGCCAAAAAGCAGUCGGUGUCAGGCAGCAUCAUUGUCGGAAAUGUGGUAGAGCGGUGUGUAACGAGUGCAGCAACAACGAAUCGUCUUAUCCAAUCAUGGGCUUUGAAAAUUCAGUCCGUUUUUGCACUGAGUGUUAUGCAGAUAUCACAGAUGAGGACCGAGAACCUCUAGCUGAUUUUCACGACGCAAAACAUACAACUCGUUCGUUACAUUUGGAUCUCAGUAAAGGAAGAUUACUGACUUGUGGCGGUGAUAGGAUUAUUAAGAUUUGGGACAUAAAAGCAAUUCUCCUGUCAUGAGCAUCGACUAGAUCUCUUUGAGAACUCUUAACAUUUCGGCAGUUACAAGAUGGUUGGAUGUAAUUAAACACAAUUUUCUUUCGCCGUUCUAAGCAUCCUGAGGCCUUGUGAAGGCAAACAGAUGUAGCAACGGUGGACUCGUCAUUUUGAUCUUAAACAACUGGAAUAAAUCUUUAAUUUGUUCCAAGUUUUAUACAAUCAUUUAAUUCUCGUCCGAUUAGAUGUCUUGUUACUUGAUUUUACGAUGUGUUUUGUCACCAGGCCGCUGUUCAAUAAUGUUACGUAACAUACUUCGUAAGCUUGCAUGAAAACUUGAGCAACGGAUUUUUUGCAAUGAUUCCUGUGAACGAUAUCACACUAAAAUCGUAGCGACGUCUUAAAUGGACAGCAAACCCGUCGCCAAACUGCCUGCAGUUAUUUUUGUCUAGAGAGCAGUUUCUCUUGUUUUGGACUGGUGGAAACAAAGCAAAUUUAUUGUAGUUUUUAGCUCUUUCCAUUAAUAAUUCCCAUUAGGUGUUUUUCUGUAAUGGUUGAAUUUUAAAAAUAGCUUUCGUCAUUGAGUAGGACUGAUUUCCUCUUUUCAGAAACUUGAUCUGUGUUUUCCCAAAUUUUUCACCCAUAAGAGUGGACAGAAAUUAGAUGGUUUCUCGCUUAUUAUUGCAGAAAGAUUUUAGAGUGACUCAUUUAUGAUGAACCGCCUUGUGUUAUUAAAAGUAAGAGUAUGGUGUAAAAUUAUAAACAAGUAAAAACAAAUGUAUACUUAAAGCUUUAAUGACUUCUCCCCUAUUCGGAACGAUAUUCAAUGAUUAUAUGAUGUAGGUUACUUUGUUAACUUACUUCUUACUGUAAUUUUGAAUAAAAAAA